CAGGCGCAUGUCGGGCAGCUAUCGGGGGGUCUUCGUUCCGUGUCGUGACGUCAUCGCCGGGCGUCGGUGUCGGCGCGGGCACGUGCGCUGUGUUCGCGAGACUUUCAGCAGUUCUUCCUCUAAUUGAACCGGUUAUCGUCUUUUCUCCAACACAUUAUUAUAUUUAGUUGUUUCAGUCAUGGAGUACAUGCAAGCCCCGCCGUCCAGCAGCCAAGGCAACAUACUUUGCUGCAUGUGCGGCACCGCCAUCCCCCCGAACCCAGCCAACAUGUGCGUCUCCUGUCUCAGGAAUAAAGUGGACAUCUCGGAGGGGAUUCCUAAGCAGGUCACUGUCCACUUCUGCAGACAGUGUGAACGGUACCUGCAGCCUCCAUGCACCUGGGUCCAGUGCGCUCUGGAGUCCAGGGAGCUUCUGGCUCUGUGUCUGAAGAAGCUCAAGGCCUCCAUGGCCAAGGUGAGGCUGAUCGACGCCGGCUUCUUAUGGACGGAGCCCCACUCUAAGAGAAUCAAGAUGAAGCUGACCAUCCAGAAAGAGGUCAUGAACGGAGCCAUUCUGCAGCAGGUGUUCGUGGUGGAGUUCGUCAUCCAGCCUCAGAUGUGUGAGGACUGCCAUCGGGUGGAGGCCAAGGACUUCUGGAAAGCUGUGGUGCAAGUCAGACAGAAGACUGUUCACAAAAAGACGUUUUACUACUUGGAGCAGCUGAUUUUGAAGCACAAGCUGCAUCAGAACACAGUGCGCAUCAAAGAGAUUCAUGAGGGCAUUGAUUUUUACUACGCCUCAAAGCAGCACGCUCAGAAGAUGGUGGACUUCUUGCAGUGCACCGUUCCCUGCAGGUCGAAGGCGUCUCAGAGGUUGAUCUCUCAUGAUAUUCACUCCAACACCUACAACUACAAAAGCACCUUCUCAGUGGAGAUCGUCCCCGUGUGUAAGGAUAACGUGGUGUGUCUGUCUCCACGGCUCGCUCAGAGUCUGGGAAACAUGGGUCAGGUGUGUGUGUGUGUCCGGGUCACCAGCUCUAUACACCUGAUGGACCCCAACACCCUGCAGAUUGCCGAGGUGGAUGGGAACACGUUCUGGCGUCACCCGUUCAGCAGUCUGUGUGGCCCGCGGCAGCUGGAGGAGUUCAUCGUCAUGGACAUCGACGUCGUCAGAGGUCAGAGGUCAGGAGCCGGCGCCGGGAUCAAGUCCAACAAGCACACGCUGGCUGAGGUUUGGGUUCAGAAGACGUCGGAGAUGGACUCCAGUCAUCAGUAUCACUGCAGAACGUUCCUCGGUCACCUGCUGAACAUCGGAGAUCUGGUGCUGGGUUUUGAUUUUGCCAAUGCCAAUAUCAACGAUGAGUUCCUCAACAAGAUGAACCCUCACCAUGUUCCUGACGUGGUGCUGAUAAAGAAGAGUUAUGACCGCAUGAAGCGUGUGAAGAACCGCGUGUGGAAGCUGAAGGAGCUGGAGAGAGAGAGAGACGCCGAGGACACGGAUGAUGAGAGACAAUACAACGAGUUCCUGGAGGACCUGGAGGAAGAUGAGAUCCUGAGGAAGAGCAUCAACAUCUUCAGAGACGCCUCCAAGAUCCCCGUGGAGAGCGACACGGAUGACGACGGCGCUCCCAGGAUCUCUCUGGCCGAGAUGCUGGAGGAUCUGAGCCUGAGCGACGCCACCGGAGGAGAAGGAGCCGAGAUGAUGACCGACUGAUCGGCCCGGACCGGAGCAGCAAGGAUGCUCUCAGCAUCACAGCAGUGUUAUAAUAAAAGAUUGAAAUAUAAGAGGGAUGGGUGACCCAAAAAACGAAAAUGCUGUCAUUUACUCGUAUCAUUUAAAGCCUAAUGACUUCCUUUUAUUCUUUAUUUAAUGGACGUCUGUUAUUCAGGACAUGGACGGGGUGAAUGUCAGUGCUGUCUUGGAAGUGUAGUCUGUUGCUUCUGUCCACGGUGUGUACUUCAGAGGCUGACAUUUCAUACAGGAUUGAGACAAAUCAGACUCGGUUUUCUUCUUCACUGACCGACCUCAGUCCCGAUGAUGAUGUUUCUUAAAGAUUCAGCAUUUUCUGUGUGCGCCGGUGUACAGCACUCCUCCUAAAAACAUUAGAAAGUUCUGACCUUCUCUUGAUUGACCUCAUCAACAGUAAUGACCCCUCUCACCACCUCGGUCUUUCUCUGAAACUAUUUGAUCCAAAAUCUGUUCAAAAAACAGGCAGAUAUAUUAAAUUCCUUCAGCAGAUAUUUUUCACUGUCUGUUUAGAGACCAGUGUGUUUUCACUCCUCUGGUUAAAGUUGUACUCCGGUAGUGAUGGGUUUUUUUUUGUUUAACACAGUAGAUAAAUUAUAAUAUUAAAAAAAGGAAAAACAAUAGACAAAGCACAAUCAUUCAAUAAGGUUUAAUGAUAAAGAAAAGCAAUAAUAAUAAAGUGCUAGAACUUGGAUUCAGUCUGUUCGACAAUGAAUCCCGAUCCCUGAAAUAUUUCUUGAAAGAGCCCCAAGCUUUAUUAAACGGGUUUAGAUGAGUCUCCUAUCCAAUGGUUUAUUUUCACCAACUUCAGAAAAAAGAUCAUCACAGAUGUAUUUUUUUUGGAGUUGGAGGCCUCUGCUCCUUCCACUUCAACAAUAUUAGUCAUGGCUAACAACAUGAUAAAAACCAUAAGAGUAAAAGCUAUUAAUUACAAAAAAGAGAUUGAUUUACCUAAAAACCAGACGGUGGACCACUUUAUACACUAAAACACAAAUAACUUCUUACCUAAUAUUCUAGUGUUGACUCAACUAAAAUAUUUUAGUUUGCUUUAACUGUUAAUGUUAAUGUGAAGGACAACUAAAAUAUUUAAGUCUGAGUAUGAGUAUGUCUAAAGUAAGAAGGCAAGCGUGAGAAUCAGAAAGGGCUUUAUUGUAGUGUUUGCACAGACAGUGAAUUGUUUUAGUGUCCCAGAGACAACGGCACAGGUAGACAAAAAACUAUAAACUGUAUGAGCAGGUGUGCUAUAGAUCAUAGAUAAAAGAAUGAGGCAGAUUCAGAGCUUACGGAUUCUAGCAUGUUUUCUAUUCCAUUAAAACUGUCCUGAAUUAUCAGGCAACUUGAAAUUCUGAUCAGACUUUUUACCAAGAACAUUUUACCAAUCCCAAACCUCAUCAAUCUUAAUAUCGACUUCAGAUUUUUGUGUUUAAUCGUAGCACCUAUUAUAUAUUUUGAGGACAUGGGCUUUAUUGAUGUUAAUGUUGAACCAAAAUUACACACACACUUGUAUUUGUGGUUUAUGGGGACUCUCCAUAGGCUUAAUGGUUUGUUACUGUACUGACUGUAUUACUGAAAAUUACUGACUGUUUGUGAAUUUCAAAAAACACUUUAGUGUUCCUUUAGCUUUACGGGCAAACUACUGCACAAAUGCAGUACACACACACACACACACACACACACACACACACACACACACAUAUAAUAGGGGGUGAGCAUAAUUCAAAUACAGGGGGUUUUACAGUAAUUUUUAGCUGUUUUUUCAAGCUCUUUUUAGAACUGGUCAAAACUGUUGAGAGAAAAAGCAAAACUACAAACUAGAGAUGAUUGUAUUUGUGUACACUAAUUAAAACUAAAUAUUGGGCUUUUUUAAUAAAAAAAAAGCUUUCAGACAGG